GUUCAUCUGCAACUGAUUGGGCACAAGAUGGAGACUUUUGUAAUUGGUUAGAGCAGCAUGUAUUUGAUUCAGAAUGUGCUCAGGAGGAGAAGAGAUGGUCAUCCCAGCCUCAACCAGAUCCGAAACCUUUGUAUAGAACAUCCUCUUACCCUCAGCAACAACCUACACUACAGCACUAUUCUAGUGAACCAAUUCUAGUACCGAAAUCUUCUUUCACAUCCUUCCCUCCUCCAGGAAGUAGGUCUCAACAUGGUUCACCUCGUCACCUACAUAUUUCAUCCCUUGCGGAUGGAAGUCAGUUACCCUUAUCUGCACCAAACAUCACUUCUUUAUCCAAGUCUAAUCUGCAGUUAGCUGGUAUGCAUCAUGGCUUGCAUUAUGGAGGCAACAUGCACCAGUUCACCACUCCCGGCCUUUCUUUUAGUAGCAGGCCACAAAAUCAGUGGAUUAACAACGCUGGUCUAUUACAUGGAGAUCAUUCACAUCUGUUUAAUAGUAUGAUGCAACAGCAACUAUCUCAUCAAAAUAGCCUUCUUUCCCCUCAGUUAUUGUCAGCUCAUCAACAGCUGCAACAGCACAGGCUACAUCAUCCAGUUCAACCAUCUUUGGCGCAUUUUGCAGCUCUUCAGUCUCAGCUGUAUAAUGCCCAUUCACCAUCCUCACAUAGAGCAAUGCUUGGAUUGACUGAUGUGAGAGAUCAGAAACCUAAGUCGCAGAGAGGGAAACAUAACAUGCGCUCUUCUCAGCAAGGUUCUGAAACCGGUAGUCAAAAGAGUGAUAGUGGAUCCAUCCAGUUUAGAUCUAAGCAUAUGACAGCUGAUGAGAUUGAGAGUAUUCUGAAGAUGCAGCAUGCUGCCACCCACAGCAAUGAUCCUUACAUAGAUGACUACUAUCACCAGGCUCGUGUUGCCAAAAAAGCUGCUGGUUCAAGAUCGAAAAAUGCAUUUUGUCCAUCUCGAAUAAGAGAGCUUCCAUCCCGAUCUCGUAGUGGUUCAGAUCAGCAUUCUCAAUCCACAGCUGAUUCAUUGGGAAAAAUACCCCUCACUUCUAUUCGGAGACCUCGCCCCCUCCUUGAAGUUGAUCUUCCAUCCUCAGGUUCUUGUGAUGGUAGCACUGAACAGACAAUACCUGAGAGGCCUCUGGAGCAGGAACCGAUGCUUGCUGCUAGAAUCACCAUUGAAGAUGGUCUCUGUCUUCUCCUUGAUAUAGAUGAUAUUGAUCGGCUUUUACAACACAAUAAACUGCAAGAUGGAGGUGUCCAGCUUAGACGAAGGCGGCAGAUGCUGCUGGAAGGUUUGGCAGCAUCACUUCAGCUUGUUGACCCACUUGGAAAAAGUAGCCAUGGUGUUGGCCCAUCUCCAAAAGAGGACAUCGUGUUCUUGCGUUUGGCCUCUCUUCCCAAAGGUCGAAAGCUUCUUUCUAAAUUUCUCAAGCUGCUCUUCCCUGGUAGCGAGCUAGCACGAAUCGUCUGUAUGGCCAUUUUUCGUCACUUAAGGUUCUUGUUUGGUGGACUUCCAUCUGAUCCUGGAGCAGCUGAGACAACAUCUAAUCUUGCGAAGACUGUUUCUGCCUGUGUUAAUGGUAUGGACCUUCGUGCACUAAGUGCUUGUCUCGUUGCAGUUGUCUGUUCCUCAGAGCAGCCACCACUACGCCCCCUUGGAAGUUCUGCUGGAGAUGGAGCCUCUAUUGUUCUGAAGUCCAUUCUUGAAAGGGCUACUGAACUGUUAACCGAUCCUCAUGCUGUUAGUAACUGUAGCAUGCCUAAUCGUGCUCUCUGGCAGGCAUCCUUUGAUGAAUUCUUCAGUCUCCUUACCAAGUACUGUGUGAGUAAAUAUGAGACUAUAGUGCAGUCAUUAUUUUCACAGACACCAUCAAGCACCGACGUUAUAGGGUCAGAGGCAUCCAGAGCCGUCAGCCGCGAAAUGCCUGUGGAGCUUCUUCGUGCUAGUCUUCCUCACACCAAUGAGCCCCAAAGGAAGCUUUUAAUGGAUUUUGCCCAGCGUUCCAUGCCAGUUGCAGGAUUCAGCGCCCAUGGUGGAAGCAGUGGGCAAAUGAAUUCAGAAUCAGUUAGGGGUUAGGAAUGGAAAUCAUGAUGAAGUAUCAGGUAAAUGAUGUUACCAGCAAGAUGGUGAUUUUCUGCAUCGCCUCACCUCCUUCAGGAAGUGUAAACGUUCUCGGUGUUCGAUGAGGCAGGAGGCGAUGACCGGUAAGUGGCUGGCCAUAUCACAGGAGUCAGCUUGAGGGGCUUCUACUUUAUCUAUCCAUUUCAGCGUUUUCUUUUAACAUUUCUUAAGAAAAAAAAAAAAAAAAAAAA